UCUGGUGCAUGCAGUACAUCAAGGGUUGUUGCGUUAUUGUAGGUUCGCUGAACAUCCUCCGAAAGACAUUUUGUGCGGGUAGCUGAGAAUACUGGAAUCCGGUCAGUUCUAUGAACUCGGCACAAGGACACAACCCAUCGGACGACGAUUCCAGAAUCGAUGAAGAACCGUCAUCGUCAUCCGGAAGUCAAUCGUGCGGGAAGGAUGAAGAAAGUUCGACUAAAAAAUCCACCAAACAAAGCAACUAUUCGGUGCCGCCCGCCUCCUCUUCCUCCUCAGUUCACCCGUCGGCUGCGGCUUCUUCCGUUGGUCCCCAGCCGGGCAGCCGAACUGGGUCCGGAUUGACGACCAACGACCAAGCGGCGAAGCAAGAAUCAGUGAAAAAGCUCAUCGAACGAUAUUUCUACCAGCUGAUGCAAGGCUGUGGCAAUACAAAGUGUUGCAACAAAAACUGUGCCUCAAGUGGAAAGGUUGGCCGGUUAACACCGAAUGCAGCCGCUGCCCGGGCGAUUCAGCUGUAUUCGCAGGAAGCGGAUCUGUGCUACGAGAUGCAAACUACAAACACAACCAAAAAGGAUAAUCAAAAUAAUGCGGCCUGCAGUAGCUCUUUCCCGCUUAAUACGUCCAGUGCUCAAGGGACGAGCGAGUCCUUUCCCUCACCAGGACAUCAGUCAAAUGUGCACGCUGACCAAGAAAUGGAUGCUGCGUACGACAACUCUGCCUUUGAUAUAGACUCGAUAGAUGAGGAGGUCCCUUUAAUCAAAAUUAUUACUGCCGUUGAAGGUAGUUGUAGCAGUAGUAAACUCAGUGGGAAAACAAAUUCCGAGACUGAGGACGAAAUUCCUUAUUUGGAUGAGCGCAAACUGCAAGAACUGACUGAACGCUGCAUGGUGGAAGGUUCGAAAGCACCAUUGAUCGAUACGCUGUUCACAGUGUUUUCCUCAUAUCGUAGCCUGGCUGCUAGUUUCCAGUUCUGUCCAGCCUCGUCUAGCAUUGAAAAGAUGCUGGCCCGGGCUCCGGCGGGAGAUUUGCGUAACAUCAAGAAGGAAGACUUGCGAUCGCUCGAGGGCGAUCUGGACAAGGACGAAGACAGUAAAGCUCCAAUGAAAUCGGUUUCGGAUGUGCCCGAUCCGGCACACACCACAGUGGACGUGGAAUCGCUUCGACGGGCAUUGAAGGCACUGCACGCUGCCUCUCCGGAAGUUUUCGGUCCGAUCAACGAAGCGCUAGGGCAUCUCGGGCUGGAUAUUGCGCUUGAGCUCAAUUCGGGCUCUACCAGCCACGAAGUAAUGGAAUCACUUCUAACGGUGAUUGUGAUCGUGUUCGAGACUCUGCUCGUUGGAUCUGCCGACUGUUUGGAAGGAUCAUUUCCACGCUUUUGCGCCGUUGUGUCUCGUAUGCCCGUGUGGGCACAGUGCCGGUUGGUACGCAUUUGGGCGGAACACUGCAAGGAUAGUAUCUAUCCGUUGGUGAUACUACUGCAGCAGCUGUUGACCGUCAAUACGCUCAUGAUAACGUACAAAUCGAUGCGGAUAAAUGACUGCGAAACGAUCUGCAAUGCAACCAUGGUGUUCAAGCUAGUGUACUACGCAAACAUUCUGGCAGGCGAACUAGAACCGAAGCACUAUCGUGAGCGAGACGUACGAAACCAAUCACUACAGGCCUACACGUACCUUUCGCUCAUCCCCGAGGAAGAUGACAUGCCGGUGGUCGAAACGGACGCGCAAUCACGGCAACGCCGGCCAGAAGAUCCUUUGGCUGAGGAGCUGGAUGUGAAUCCACUGGACUGCCGGAAGCCACUGGUGCCAUACGAGGAGUUUUACAACGAGAAUCUCUGCGACGCCAUGGAAGUGGAGUUUGAUUAUAUGGCCUACAAGCAUUUGCAUCAGCACCGGCCAUCGGCUGAGAAUGGUGGAACGUCAGGAACGGAUAGGCACGAGAUUUUUAGCUUCAUUCACUACCCAUUUGUUAUGACACCCACGACCAAGACGCUUGCCCUCUAUUUCGAUUCGCGCAUCCGUAUGUUUUCCGAGCGCAGGCUUAGCUAUCUGCAUAGGCAGCGGCAACUAGCAUGCCAGCUUCACAGUACCAGUGAUCUGCAGACGACGAAUCCGUACCUUAAUCUCAAGAUUCGUCGCGAUCAUAUCAUUGAGGAUGCGCUAGUUGAGCUGGAGAUUAUUGCCAUGUCCAACCCGAAGGAUCUCAAGAAGCAGCUAGUGGUGGAGUUUACGGGCGAGCAAGGGAUCGAUGAGGGUGGAGUGUCCAAGGAGUUUUUCCAGCUCAUUAUCGAAGAAAUAUUUAACCCGGACUUUGGAAUGUUUAUGACGAACGAAGACUCCAACACGGUAUGGUUCAAUCCGGUUUCGUUCGAAAACGAAGCUCAAUUUACACUGAUAGGCAUCGUGCUCGGGUUAGCCAUUUACAACAACAUUAUCCUCGCGGUGAACUUUCCCAUGGUGGUGUACAGGAAGCUGAUGGGCAUGAAGGGAUCUUUUCUCGAUCUGAAAGAUCAAAAUCCGGUGCUAUUCAACAGCCUGAAGUCUCUACUGGAGUACACGGAAAACGACAUGGAGGAAGUGUUUAUCCAAACGUUCAAGAUUGCCUAUAGGGAUGUGUUUGGAACGAUACUUGAGCACGAACUGAAACCGAACGGGGACCAAAUCUUCGUCACGCAGGACAACAAGCAAGAGUUUGUGGAGCUGUACAGUGAUUUCAUGCUGAAUAAAAGCGUCGAGAAGCAAUUUAACGCAUUCAGCAAUGGGUUUCAAAUGGUGACCAGUGAGAGCCUUUUGCAUCUGUUGUUUCGCCCGGAAGAAUUGGAGUUGAUCGUGUGCGGGAGCAAGAAUUUUGAUUUUAACGAGCUUGAAUUAUCGACCGAAUAUCAGGGAGGAUUUGAGCGCGAUUCGGCAACGAUCAAACAUUUUUGGUCGAUCGUGCACGGACUGUCAAUGGAGAUGAAACGAAAGUUGCUACAAUUUACCACGGGUUCGGAUCGUGUGCCCGUUGGUGGUCUUAGCCGGUUGAAGUUGGUAAUAGCGCGCAACGGUCCGGAUAGUGAUCGAUUGCCGACGAGUCACACCUGCUUCAAUGUGCUUCUGCUUCCGGAGUACAGUUCGAAGGAGAAGCUGGAAGAACGAUUGCUCAAAGCGAUUAACUACUCGAAAGGAUUCGGUAUGCUGUAG